AUGAAAACAUAUUUGAAUUUGGUGGUUCUGCUGUCUCUCUGCAGCCUCUCCUUGGGUCAAGACUGUAGUCCACAGCUUUUGGAGGAUGUGGAUUUCCCGGGACAUGACAUCAAAUUGGUCUACUCUCCUGAUACUGACCACUGUCAGCAGCUUUGCACCCAGCACCCCUCCUGUCUCUUCUUUACCUUUAUCCGGGCUGACUGGACCAAAGAUAACAGGCACUUCUACUGCUACCUCAAGACCACUUCCUCUGGACAGCCCAAUGUGAAAAUUCAACUACAGGGUGCCACCUCAGGAUUUUCUCUCAAAGCCUGCGCCCCAGAACCACAGCCUUGUCUGCCUAAGGUGUACAACAACGUGGACUUCCCUGGGGCAAACUACCGGUCUUUGUUCACAGCAGACCAUGAGGAGUGCCAGAGAGCCUGCACUCAGGACCCUGGCUGUCAGUUCUUUACAUAUUUAAACGAAUUCUUCACAGCAGAGAAGCUCAGGUACAAGUGCCACCUUAAAUUCAGCUGGUCAAUACCUGUGAGUCCCAUUGUCGAAAAAAAGACUGGUGUCGUAUCUGGACUCUCCUACAAAAUUCUAGUAACUCAACAGUCUGAACCAGCAUGUGAGAGCAAGCUUUUUCCAAACACUGGCACACUGGGAAAGGAGGUCAUGGUUAUUUCUGCUGUCUCUCCUGGACACUGUCAGGCAUUGUGUUCUGAUCAUCCAUCCUGCACCUUCUUCUCUUUUGUCAGUCGUGAAUUCAGUUGUAACCUGAAGAACAACACCAAUGAAAUGGUGACCGUGGCUAAAGAAGGAACCACAUCUGGGUUACCAUCACGCUUCUGUCAGCCGGAUGACAACUGGGUUAAGGUGGCUCACGAAGGAGUCGAUUUCUACGGGUCUGACAUUCGCUCUGAGCGGGUGAAGGACGCAGACGCAUGUCAGAGGAAAUGUAAUGAGGAUCUUUCCUGCCAGUUCUACAGCUAUACCAAUGAAAACUUCUUUGAUCGUUUUUUCAGUGGUCGCUGCUAUCACAAGCGGGCCAUCACCAUGCCUGCUCCUCCUAAAGUUACCAAACUGGACAAUGUUGUAUCAGGCUUCCAACUGAGGAACUGUGUGUAG